AUGCCUUCAAAAUUGCGUAAUAGUUCCACUACACCAAGAACGAACAGAUUACUCGAUGGGCUGAAAAUUAAUGAUAUUAUUCAUAAUAGUAUUCAAGAAGAGGCCAUCAAUGAUCCUAAUAGCAGAAGACAUCGAAGACAGAGAUCGUGGAAGGUUCCAGAUUACAGAAUUCGGAAAAGUAAGUCAAGUAUAGCUGCAUUGCCAGUAUCUGAUGAUAUUUAUAUAUGGAAUGGGUUAAAUCCUAACGUGGAAUUUCUUGAUGAAAAUAAAAGUAAGGUCAAGAUACGAUAUGACCCUUUGAAAGUUUACAAGUUUAGUCGCAUAAUUGACUCUUCUAUGGAAGACAGCCAAUACUCUAGUCAAAACCAUGAUUUUGAACUUUAUGAGACGGAAAGCUUGUUAAACAAGUUGGAUAACGAGUCAUAUCCAUAUCGCGGAGCUAUAGAGAACAAGAAGGACUAUGCUACAAAUAAAACAAUUCCUACAGUACGGGAUCGGAAGAUAUUCCAAAAGCUGUUGUUGCAGAGUGCAACGGCGGCGCGUACAAAUGGUAAUACACUUCUAGCUUUUCCCAAUGAGUCUGUAUGUGCUACUUCGAAGUCGUCAUAUAAGAACAUGAACACGAAAAUUGAGUACAUAUAUUUUAAUGACUGUGAAAUCAAGACAUGGUAUACAGCUCCAUAUCCAGAGGAGUACAACAAGAACAGAAUCCUUUAUAUAUGUGAUUCGUGUCUGAAGUACAUGAAGUCCAAGUAUGUGUAUUACCGCCAUAAGCUUAAGUGCCCUAUGAUUCACCCACCAGGAAAUGAAAUUUACAGGGACGGAAGGAUAUCUCUUUGGGAAGUGGAUGGGCGUGAACAGGUCAUAUACUGUCAAAACUUGUGUUUACUAGCAAAGUUAUUCCUAAACUCUAAAACCUUAUAUUACGAUGUGGAGCCAUUUGUAUUCUACGUUUUAACUGAGAAGGUAGAAUCUGAAUUCAGGUUUAACAUUGUGGGCUACUUUUCGAAAGAAAAACUAAAUACUGCAGAUUAUAAUCUUAGCUGCAUUUUGGUACUUCCGACUUACCAACGGCUUGGCUAUGGACAUUUAUUGAUAGACUUUUCAUAUCUGUUAUCCAGAAGUGAAUAUAAAUGGGGUACACCUGAGAAGCCGUUAAGUGAUUUAGGACUCCUUUCUUACAGGAAUUAUUGGAGAAUAACAAUGGUUCAUGUACUCUACCGUCUGCGACCUCUGGUAGAGAACUGUAAUAAUGUUAAGGUCUCGUUGGAAGAUUUGUCUAACCUUACAGGAAUGUCACCAACUGAUGUCAUCUUUGGCCUCGAGCAACUUGGCUGCUUCUACAAGUAUCGUAAUAAUGGGAAACAAAAGUACAUUAUCAAAGUCAAUGAUUGGGAAGUUUUGCGGCAAACAAAAGAAAAAUGGGAAAGUAAGGGUUAUAUCAAGUUAAACACUUCUAAAUUGAUUUGGAAGCCGUUAAUCUUUGGUCCAUCUUGCGGUAUUAAUGCUGUUGGCACUUUAGUAGAAACCAGCACUGGCGCACAGAGGAAUACGAGCGCUGUGGGCUCCAACGAGAGUAACGAUAUAUUCAAGAAUAGCAUUUCCAUGCUUGUUAAUUUCAUGCAGGAUGAUAUCAAAGAUUCUCGAUCAAUGGACGAAGUCGCUUGGGAAAAGAUCAAUCAACAAAUCAGCUCCUCCAGUGCUAAAGAUGACUGCGCAAUAGAUUUCGAUGAUGUGACAGAAUUAGCGUAUGUGCAUCCAAGCUCGCCAUCAAAUGUUUCAAAGAACCCUGGUAAACAGGCAAAACGGCGUUCAGCAUCUCUUCCUGCAGAUGACGAUAUUUUACUUGAGGAAUUAGAAGCAGAUGACAUUGAAGUUGAUGAAAAUUCCGAUGAUGAAUAUAACAGCGCUGAAGAUGAUGAUGAUGAUGAUGACGAUGACGAUGACGACGACGAACCAGAAAAUGAGCUCAAACUCGAUGACCAUGAUAAUUAUGACUAUGUGAGCGAGGACAGCGAGCAAGCAAUAAUAGAAGAAGUUGCACCGCUCAUAAAACCGACUGAAAGAAGGCGAAGAAGCAGAAGAGUUUAUUCCGACCGCAACUGUAAUCGAAGGCUGAGAUCUAUAAGUUCUUCCUUGUUCAAUAAUUCACAACGGAGAGGUAUAGAUCUUGAAGAGGAGCAAUGGAUAGACGCUGAAGAGACCAUAGCAUCAAGAACGGGACGUGUUUUGCGGGACCGAAGUACAUAA